UGCCCUUGCGUGAUUAUCAACAUGGCGUCUGUCUGCCGGACAAAAGGCGAAUGUGGUUGACGGCGGAUUGAAGCCCAAUUAGAAGCAGGGGGAGACAUUUUGGGAAAACUGUCAGUCCUUGCGCCUCAAGGCACCAGAUAUAUGACCAAACGACCGCCUGUGGAGGCUCUCGGACUGGAAUAAGAAUGUUCCAGCAGAGGGAGGAGCCUCGCUUCACCAUCGAGCAGAUCGACCUCCUCCAGAGGCUCCGGCGGACUGGAAUCACCCAGGCGGAGGUCCUCCAUGCUCUGGACACGCUGGACCACAUAGACAGGCAGCAUGGACACAAGUUGGCCUGUAAACCCUCCUAUGUACCACCCACGUCUUCCUCCAACCCUGCCUUCGCUUCUUCCUCCAUGACUUCCACCUCAACUCAGACAACUUUUCCCGAACACCGGCUCUCACUGUCGCCCACCAACAACUUCGACACCGCGUCUCCACCUCUGCCGGUUCCCGCCUCACCGGUCAUGGUGCCAACUGUGGUGCAGAACGGCCUGGUGCCCGUCACCAAUGGGAAGCUUUCCCCGCCCCGGUUCUCACUCGGUGUGGUGGGCGGGAAUGUACCUGGAUCAGGUUACACCUUCGAGGCCAGCGAGGACUACCUCGACGUGGAUGAGAAGGUGGAGGACUUGAUGAGGAGAGACAGUGCGGUGAUCAAAGAAGAGAUCAAGUCUUUCCUAGCUAACAGACGCAUCUCCCAGGCAGUGGUUGCUCAGGUAACAGGGAUCAGCCAGAGUCGGAUCUCUCACUGGCUCCUGCAGCAGGGAUCGGACCUCAGCGAGCAGAAGAAAAGAGCCUUCUUCCGCUGGUACCAGCUGGAGAAGACCAACCCCGGUGCCACCCUAGCCAUGCGAGCUGCCCCUCUAGCUCUGGACGACAUGGUGGAGUGGCACCAGACCCCGCUCCCAUUCAACUCGGCCCCCACGGGCUUCCGUCUGAGACGGGGGAGCCGCUUCACGUGGAGGAAAGAGUGUCUUGCCGUCAUGGAGAGCUACUUCAGCGAAAACCAGUACCCCGACGAAGCCAAAAGAGAAGAGAUUGCCACAGCCUGUAACGCUGUGAUUCAAAAACCAGGGAAGAAGCUGUCUGAUUUGGAAAGAGUUACUUCUUUAAAGGUCUACAACUGGUUUGCCAACCGCCGCAAAGACAUCAAGAGACGUGCCAACAUAGAAGCAGCCAUCCUCGAGAGCCAUGGGAUCGAGGUCCAGAGUCCAGGAGGUCAGUCGGUCAGUGAUGAGGUGGACGGGAAUGAAUUCCCCGACCAGGCUUGCGAGGCGUCCCUAUUAGACAAGAGAGCUUCAGCCAGGCAGCUGGCUUUCAGUCGAGCUGAUUUGUCUUCUCCAACCCAGGUUCCCACACCAUUUCCUGGCUGGUUUUCUGCUCUGGCCAGAGGAGGCGUGUCAGGACAGAGGGGCAUCUCUCUGAUUGGCCGCUCUCUGUUAUCGGCGUCGGUCGCUCCAGCAGAAGGUUCCAGGCUAGCAGGUGCGUCCUGGUCUCCACCCUCCCCUUCUCUGCAAGACGAGCCCAGCGUUCACAGAGCACCGUCAGAACCUCAGGACCCAGCAGGUUUGGGGAAGAACGCGGCGGACGGCGGAAGCCCGGCUUCGGCCGGCCAGCUGGAAGAGGCGGGGAGCAGCGUGGGGAACGAGAUCAAGAUGGAGUCUCUGGAGGACGACUGAUGGAGCAGCAAAAGCGGAGCAGUCGGAACAGGUGUCACUAUAUGCAAGCAGAAUAUGUGGGAAUGUAUUAAGAAAAAAGAAGAAAAGAAAAAAAAGACCAAAAGUUGUGUAAAGUCCAAUCCUGAUAUACCUCCCAACCCUACCUCCAACCACCAACCUGCUCCACUACACUCGUAUAGCAACUAUCAGUAUAUCAUUAUAAAGGUUAUAACAAAGUUUUAGUAGAGUGUUCUCCAAGUUUCUCUGAAAGUUUCAAGAUGCCCCUGAAAACAGCAGAGACUUUUUUUUAACCACCUCAUUUCUGUGGUUUGUGUUUUUUAAGGUGAGCCUCUUCUGAAACUUUCACAGAAAGCAGCCAACGAGGACACGGCGCUGUGUGCAGGUUUCCUCUGGAAACAGCACAACAACACUGUAUUUGGCGCGGGAAUCGAACCGUUUCAGGGUCUUUCACUGUGAUCGCAACACAACUGAAAAGCCUCAAUGUGUGUACAGUUCAGAGCUCAUACUCAGCGGUUCUUUUCCAUGUGGUUGUGCGUUUUCAUCCGCUUUCUGCACUAUGGCUGUGCAGGAACGACAGCAUUUCUGACGGAUGAAGACAUAAUGCACAGGAGAGCAAACCCAGGAAGAAAAAAAGUUUCUGUGGAAACAGAAAAAGAAAAGGCCAUAAUUUCAAUUUUAUAACUUGUAAUAGAUGUUAAUGUUGCAGUUUAACCAAACUUACAAUUUAUUUCUCCUUGUUUCACAUUUUAACUUGUGAUUAGAAACCUCUUUUUGUCCUUAAAGACCCACUCCGAUCAUCAUUUUUAGGUAUUUUGAUUACGACUAUGCUGUUUUCUUUAGCCAAAAUCCAAAAAAAUCUGUUGUUUUGUAGGACAGUUUCUGCAGAGCAGCAGUAGAUCAUUAAAAAUUGAUCUCAUGAGUUGUGCAGCAACCCCGCCCCCCCUUACCUUCCCCACCGCUUAGAGGUGGGAGCAGGGAGCUUGUGGCCCGCUCAGUGCAUUUUCUACGACACAAAUAAGCUCUUUUUUUUCUCCCUCUGCUCCUGACUCACAAGGAUUUGAAUAAAGAAAUAUUCAGGAAAGCAAAGUUUAGUUUGCUUUCUACAUGUCUUCCAUCGUCCAUAAAAUGCCACACGAACAGGUUUUCUCAUCGGAGUGGGUCUUUAACAGCCUCACCAAAGUUACUCGUCGUUUUCUGUUGUGUCGCUCAGACACAUUUUUAAUCCUUUUCUUCGAGUGAAUUCUUAGAGAGUGAGAAUUCAAACUCUAUAAACGCUCUCAGCGCUUUCCCCUCAAUAUUUUAUUACUAUAAACCUUAGCGGUAUUUAAGCAACUUGUACUCAAACGUCAGUGUUAGACUUUCAGGUUCUUCUUAAUCUUUACAGCCGGAACUGUAUAUAAACCCUUGAUAUCUGCCUGAUCGGCUCUUAUUUAUUCAUUUAUGCCUCCACAAUGAUUGAACACUGUGAGAUAAUCAUCCAUAUAGAUCAGGAGAGAAAAGUGAAAGAUACAGUUGUACAUACGUGCUGUUUGUAGCCUAAUGCAUUUCUAUUUACACUGCAUGUGCAUUUAAGCAUCAAAGGAGAGAAGCUAUCAGAAUGAGGCUAACUUUGUUAUUUUUUGUUAUUUUUGGUAAGAGGCAAGUGAAACAUUAGCCAAAGUAUUAAGUUUUAAUAUGUGUGUGUUUUCUGAGUGGAUGAUGGGUGGAGUCAUAGAGAUAUGCUGAUGAAAGGCACAUUAAAUGUGCCCAAUUAUUGCUAGAAAAAUAUCUUCCUGAUACGUGUAUCCGUGUUGUGUUGUCAAUGCGUUGUGUUGUAAACACCCCCCUUCGUUGUGUAGAGUUGUACGUUUAUUUGAACGACACUUUAUUGUGCACUGUGCUGAUCAGAUUCACUGCUGGUCUCACAUUUCAGCGACGGAUGGCACAGCCGCUGCGGAAGUCCAGCCUCUGCGAGGAGCUUUUGCACUUUUCAGGUCAAGUCGUGCCGUUUUUCCGGAAAAGCCCCCCAAGUUCUCCGUUUUAAUAAUCUGAAGUUUUCCUCGGCUACGUCCAAAUUCCUUCACUGCUCACUAUAUAGCGUGCUCUCCAUUCUGUGGUGCUGUCCGAAUGAGCAAUUCCAAAAUCAAGUGCUCUAGAAAUUUCCCAGAAAUCUCUGCAAAAAACCAUUGGGCAUCAAUGCUCACUUGAAUGGUGAAUAUAGACCAUAAUGCAUUGCGUUUGAACAAUUUUUGAGACGAAUUUAAAUAUUUUUUAAAUAAAAUGUCAAAGUUUUCCACUUCAGAACACAGCGGGUUCAUAAAUGGUCGUCGCAAAAACGCUCAUAUCAAUGAGAUUUACACUUGGUGAAAUCGAUGACAUCAUAUCCGCUGUUUAAAAAAAAAAAAAAAAAAGUAGUGAGCAUGGUGUCCGAAUAGCUUUCAAAAUCCAGGUCACUACACAUAGCACCAUUUAGUUUAGUGUUUGGGGAUCAGGGUGGGAAUUCGGACACAGCCCUAGUGUUUUCUAAACCCAUUUAGCAAAAAUCAUCGUUUAAACCUAGAAUUCUCUGAUCACAGUGGCUCUUAGUACCGACCAGAGACGUAACCAUUUAAACCACACAUGAAGCCAAAGGGGAACAUGUGGGCAAUAAUAUGUACCUUUGGGAUUCAGCAGCUGGCCUUCCCUGCAAGACCUUCCUAUGAACAAAUACACUCUCAUUAUCAGGAAGGAAUUUAAUCUGUUUUAAAGUCACAUGACAGCAUCUUUUCUGAACUUGUCUCAACAGAAAAGAAAUAAUUUUCUGCCGUUGAGGAGUUUCUCCCUUUUUGGCUUUAAUCUCCUGAUGCCUUUUUUAAAACCUGGUUUCUUUUUUUCCAACACCUUGUUUCUAAUGAGCUUUGAAUACCCAGAUGCACUAAAGUGUUUAUGCUCGACUCGGUGACCAGGUCUGGGUUCAGUUGGCUGCAAAACAACCACCAGUCACUUAAAGUUGGCUGUCAAAGCUUUGAUCACCAGCUGGUAGUGCCCUCUGCUGGAUACACGCUGCAUCACCUCAUGCCACAUUUUACUAGCAUGUACGUCUUCACUAAAAAUGCAACUUCCUGCGGUACUUAAGAUUGCCCACAUAUUCAAUCUUUCAUUUUAACAUCAUGUAAAUGUGUCUCCCUGACAGAAUCUCUUUAGCUUGUUGCUGCUGAACACAAAAACCCGGUUAGAUCCCAUUUUCUUCCUCAAAAUACUCCUCACACUAAAAGGCAGCGCUGCAUUGAUGAGAUCUAUUUCUAUUUUAAAGCACAUUCAUCUAAAAUGUGUGCAAUCACAACACUACAACAUCUCUAAGCAGCUUUUAUUCAAACACACUAAAGCUCUUAAUGUUCUAAUUAACAUUUUGUUGAAAGAUAAAGAGUGCACAUACGCUAUUUAUCAAAGUUUGUGCAACGUAUAAACUCACAAGCUUCAAUAAAGAGUUAAAUUAAGCUUUGAGAGCCAAUGACUGUGCUUUUAGUUCUCAUUAGGGUCAAAUGUUAGACAUUUGAUGCAGAUUUCUUACUUUCAGAGUAGAAAACGUUUUAAUAACGUGGGGUUUCCACAAUCUCUGAAUGUUUUUUUAGGAUCACAUCAGUUUUUGUGGCCUGAUUCUGAAAGGGAAGUCAGUUUUACUUUGAAGGCUUCAAACUUUUGUCAGGUUUAUUAUCAAAAACGUAAAGAUUGCAUCCUAUUUGCACUUAAUUCUACAAUUUUUUAGCUAAUUAAACAAAAACACAAACAAAUUCUGCAUAUUUCACUGUCAGACUAAGACUUUUUAAGCCCAGUUUGAUUACGAAGAAAACAGAAACUUGAGUUUUUUUGGUGUCUAACACUAAAAGCUUCCCUGUGGGUUGAACAGUGAAGUGCAGUAAAGCGGGGUUUUAUUUUGAAGUGCCUUCUGUUUGGAGGAAGACUUCUGCGGUGGCUGUGCACACGUCAAAGCAACACUACUACGAGACGUUCCGUCACAAUCCGCACGUGACGCGUCUUUGCUCAAAGCAGGUGCUGUGCAACUCGGCAGAUACCUCACCCUCACCACCCCCCCCAGCGAUAAGCUCGUCCCUGCAGGUCGCUCGGCAGUCUGAAUCCGUUUUUAGACCACUGCUGGGAGGGAAAAAAAAAAAA